CCAGCAUUCCCCGCACACUACCAUCGAGAGCGACUUCCGGCGGCGUGGGGAGGGAGGUGGGGGAGAAGGAGCCGGCCCUUGCCGCUCUGUCGCGCUCCCUCGCGCUCUCUCUGGCAUCAUGGCGGGCGUGGAGGAGGCAGAGGCCUCCGGGAGCCACCUGAAUGGAGACCUGGACCCAGACGACAGGGACGAAGGAGCGGCUUCUACGGCCGAGGAAGCAGCCAAGAAAAAGAAACGGAAGAAGAAGAAGAGUAAAGGGGCUGUUGCAGGGCAGCAGGAACCUGAUAAAGAAUCAGGAGCCUCUGUGGAUGAGAUAGCAAAACAGUUGGAAAGACAAGCAUUGGAGGAGAAAGAAAGAGAUGAUGAUGAUGACGAUGGAGAUGGUGAUGGAGAUGGAGUAUCUGGAAAGAAGAAGAAAAAGAAGAAGAAGAAGAGAGGACCAAAGGUUCAGACAGACCCUCCCUCGGUGCCAAUCUGUGACCUGUACCCUAGCGGCGUGUUCCCGAAGGGACAGGAGUGCGAGUACCCACCCACACAGGACGGGCGAACAGCUACUUGGAGAACUACAAGUGAAGAAAAGAAAGCGUUAGAUCAGGCCAGCGAGGAGGUUUGGAAUGAUUUCCGAGAAGCCGCGGAAGCACAUCGACAAGUUAGAAAAUACGUCAUGAGCUGGAUCAAGCCUGGGAUGGCGAUGAUAGAGAUCUGUGAGAAGUUGGAAGACUGUUCACGCAAGCUCAUCAAAGAGAACGGCUUGAAUGCAGGCCUGGCCUUUCCAACGGGCUGUUCUCUCAAUAACUGUGCCGCACACUACACGCCCAACGCGGGCGACACCACGGUGUUGCAGUACGAUGACAUCUGUAAGAUCGACUUUGGAACACAUAUAAGUGGUAGGAUUAUUGACUGUGCUUUUACUGUCACCUUUAAUCCCAAAUAUGAUAUAUUAUUAAAAGCGGUAAAAGAUGCCACUAAUACUGGAAUAAAGUGUGCUGGCAUUGACGUUCGUCUGUGUGAUGUCGGUGAGGCCAUCCAGGAAGUUAUGGAGUCCUAUGAAGUAGAGAUAGAUGGGAAGACAUACCAAGUGAAGCCAAUCCGCAAUCUGAACGGACACUCGAUUGGGCCAUACAGGAUUCACGCGGGGAAGACCGUGCCCAUCGUCAAGGGUGGGGAGGCCACGCGGAUGGAGGAAGGAGAAGUGUAUGCCAUCGAGACCUUCGGUAGCACAGGCAAAGGUGUGGUUCACGAUGACAUGGAGUGUUCGCAUUACAUGAAGAAUUUUGAUGUUGGCCACGUGCCAAUAAGGCUUCCAAGAACAAAACACUUGUUAAAUGUCAUCAACGAAAACUUUGGCACCCUCGCCUUCUGCCGCAGAUGGCUGGAUCGCCUGGGGGAAAGCAAGUACUUGAUGGCGCUGAAGAACCUGUGUGACUUGGGCAUCGUGGACCCGUACCCUCCACUGUGUGACAUUAAGGGGUCGUACACAGCGCAGUUCGAACACACCAUCCUGCUGCGCCCAACCUGUAAGGAAGUCGUCAGCAGAGGAGACGACUAUUAAAUGUAGUCCAAAGCCACCUCAACAUCCUUAUUUUCUAAGCUUUGUUGGAAUACGUUACACCAGAAUUAACUUGCAGCGUGCUGUCAAAA